AUGGCUUCUAUCGCCCCGGCAAUCUCCAAGUUAAACAUUGCACCCGCUCCUGUGGUUGCCAACAGUUGCCUGGAGGUCAACAACGGCAAAGAUCUCACAUCUUCUGACCCCAAGUUUCAAGUUGUGGUCAAGCUUCCUACACAGUCGACUACAACCCACAACCCUCCUCGCCGUGUGAUUCCAAGACCACCACUGCCCCUUUACACCCCUCCACGCCAGAGAAACAACCAGCGUCAAAAUCGAGGCCAGACUUUCCUGACCAGACAACGUAGGGCUCUGGGUUGUGAAUACCAAUCUCAACGAAAGGUCGCACAUUCAUUUCCCACCCCUCUCUUUUCAUACGCGUCCAACGAGCUUUCUGAGGCGAGACCGUCAACAUUCGCCCAAAGUGUGGACCAAACUGGGUCUGGCUCGCCAGCUGGCAAGGAACCGUCUCAAGCUGCGUCGCCUAAUAAACAGAAACACAACAUGUCGUCUUCCGACGAGUCAGAUGACAUUGUUCUGCGUGAUUUCAGAACAAAAUCCAAACAACGCAAUGUUGAGAAUGCCUUGCCUCAUAUCAGCGAGAGUGGAGACAAGGAUAUUCCUCCUGGAGGCAAUAGCCACGAUCCAAGAGAUGAGCCUGCCGCAGAGAGAAAGCGAGUCCCUACUCGCGCAGAAAUACGCGCAGAGUUGGAGAAGUUGAAAAAGGAGGAGCUCGCCAAUUUCAACAAAAGGCAAGAAGAAACAGAGGUUGAAACUGCAGAUCCUGCCGUGCUUGCAAAAUGCCGGGAUGGCCCAGGUGUUGACCCAGACUCCAAGGUUUAUCAGGAUAUCGCAAAACGUCGGCGUGUUCGUCCCGUAGUAGAAACCAAACCAUCCUCUAGACCAGAAUCAUCUGGGGAGGAGAGCCCGGAAGACGACAAUCUGGAGCAGCUGGAAGAGCUCAAGGCUAAUUAUGAUUGGGAAAAACUGCUGCCCCAGUGGGAUGCCUACAGAAACGAUCUCGUUAUGUACCCUAAUGUCAUCAACGGCGAAGUGACUCUGGCCUCGGAGCCAACUGAGGCGCAGAGAGAACUACAAGCAAAGUUCUUGUUAUAUGAUCGCCACCCACAUGCGUCUCAGAACGUGAACAAGCUGCCACCUUUUCCCGAAAGCUUGGAAUGGCAGCCAGACUCCCACUUGUGUAACUGGUUUUACGUCCCUCCUGAAAUGUACCAUGUUGAUAAGUGGAAGCUCAAGUUUCGUCGUUUCCUUGACUACACUAUUGUGAUGUCCUGCUACGCUGACAAUUACCACAAGAGCUUUUGGGACGGUACAGCGCAUCCAGAUGGGAUAAACACCUUUUUCAUACCUAAAUUGCCUGACCAUACGACCAUCCUCGACCCGAAUGACGAGCAAGGGCUUCUUCAUAGGAGUGAAACGGCUGAAGGAUACUGCAAGAAUCUGGCCAUGCACACCAAGAAAGAGGAGGAAGAUGAAGAGCAAAGGCUGUUGAGGGUACGCCGGGCCAAUGAGGCAUUCUUAGCCAGCAGAGAAGUGAACCCAAACGCGCCCAAAGUGAACAUCUACCUUCGGCCUGCCGAGAUGAGAGAUGUUCCGCAGCUCCUACUCAUCUACAACUGGUAUGCUCGCGAGUCUUCUUUUAGUAUACACACCAGAGAUGUGACGCCGGAUUACAUUCGGGAGCGUAUUCAAGCCGCCAAAGCCGCGCAGUUGCCCUUUAUUGUCGCCGUGGAGCGCAGCAACUACCGUCAACGAGAGGCCAUUUUCGGCUACGCUACUGCCAGUGAGUAUAUCUCGGGUCCAGACACUGCCGGUAAAUUUACCGCGCAGUUGGAGGUUUUCGUCCUUCCUCAGCAACAGCGCAAAGGUGUCGGGUAUUGUCUACUGGACAAGCUCUUGCAAAUCUGCGACCCAAUGUACAUGUCCAAGGAAGGUUACACGUUCGAUAACCGUGGCAUGGGCGGAUACAGCUUGGGAGGCCAGCGUGUACUUGCUCGGCUUAUUUUCUGCGUAAGUAUUAAGCCGGAAGACCGUGCCGUGUACAGAUGGACCCGUGACUGGCUGGAGAAAUACGGCUUUGAGUUGCAGGGGCAGUUGAAGGGAGCUGCUUGCAAAUUUGAGAGACUCCUCGAUGUCUACUACUUUGUUCGGAACACCACCUUCGUAUUAAACUAUCGUUGAACCUGAAUGAUCCUCACCCGUCUAGUCAUUGGAUUCAUUGGGCUGUGAUCUUCCUCCUACCGCUCGUCCUCAACGGAGCUUCUUGCUUGAAGAAGAGGCAGUCGGUCAAGCAAUGGCGACAACCAUAUCAGCAUUGGAAUAACCAUAUUCUUUUGUUUCCUUUCUUAAUCAUGUGUUACUAUCGAUGAGUUCACUUGCUCUGUCUAUUUUUGUUGUGGCACCCCAGGAAUUACUGCAGGACCCUUAAUCGACUUAAACUCGGUCUAUGCCCCAUGUUCAAAAAAAGAAAAAGAAAAAGAAAGAAAAAGGGAGAGAGAGAGAGACCAAAGACCAAAAGAACCAAAAAAAAGCGGGGGGAAGGAAAAGAGGAUGUACGACACCAAAAAUGAAUUUCACUGCAAUUAAAUAAACUGGGCUUAUCCGAU